AUGGAUAGCAUAAAAUAUGCCAAAGAAAAAGCACUUACAUGUUUUGAUAGAACAUAUUACAGAAAUGUUAAACAAAAAUUAGUCCCAGAGUCAAAACAGAUUGAUUUUGUGUUAAUUCAUCCAAAUUUAAAAGAAAUAACUUAUCCAUCGAGUGAUAAUGAACAGAAAAAAAAUCAAGCUCGAGAUAGGCUUAGAAAUAUUUUUGAAAAUAAGUUGAGAAGGGACGACUUUAUUGUUCAGGAAACUGUGUGUAAGGACACAAUUUAUAAGAAGCUUCACUGUUCCUUUAAAAGACUUUGCAUUGAAGCCGACCUUACAAAUCUACAAAUGCCAUUAGAUGGGAAAUACUAUCCAGAUGAACGUCAUACCAACAUUUGCUCCAAGUUCAUUUACAGUACAUUUGAUACAGACAAAGCUGUUAAUCCCAAAUCUGCCAGAUUUAAGGUGAAGAGAACACAUCUUUUUGAAAACCAUAAUGACCCUUAUAAGUUCUUCAGACCAGCUAUCAGGACUUUACUGGUUAAUAAUAUUCUCAUGAAUAUCAACCUCAUUGAUUAUGUGAAUAUAAACAUGAUGGAAGACAUGAUAAAAGACAUUAAGUUACUUGAUGAUGAUGUUGAUGAGACGGAUUUGAAGAAAACAGGAUUUGGUACAACAUUAACUGAAGCAAUAGACAAAAAACUCCAGAUAAUAAAUUUCCCUUACAUGAAGAAACUUGGUGUGUACUCAGAUAAUUUGAUUUUACAUGAGACCUCUGACGACAGCAAUCCUUAUGAAGAACGGCCUGAUAGUAUUACAAUUGAAGAAACUAGAGAUGGUCUGGAAAAAAAGGUGGACGAUCCACGAAAAGAGCUAAAUGAUGAAUGGACAAUAUUUUAUAAGUUUCAGCCAUUAACAAAAAUUCGAAAUUAUUUCGGAGAGAAAAUAGCGUUUUAUUUUACAUGGUCUGGUUUGCUGAUGACAUCAUUGUGGGUGCCAAUGAUAGUAGGUUUGAUCAUCUUUAUAUAUGGCAUAGUUAACAGCUUUACCAACAAUGAAACAUCAAAGGUAACAAAAACCUUAGCUGUUUUCAGCGAGGCAAGUGACAAUGACGCCACUCCAUUCUAUGCUUUACUCAUCUGUGUCUGGGGAACAUUAUUUCUCAAAUUAUGGAAAAGAAAAACAGCUACAUUGGCCUAUAAGUGGGCUGUAGAUGAAUUUGCAAUGACAGAACCAAACAGACCACAGUUUUAUGGAACACGAAUAAGACAGCAUCCGGUGACAGAUCAAGAAGAUUGGUACUAUCCAACAAGAAAACAGCUAAGAAAGUUUAUGUUGUCUGGGCUGACAAUAGUAUUCAUGUUAUGUAUUGUGUUGGCAAGUGUGAUUGGUGUCAUUGUUUACAGAGUGUUUGCUAGUGUUGACUAUUGUCCUCACAUGCCUCCUGAAGCCUGUGUGAUGGUUACGACAGUUGUUUCUUCUUUGCUGAAUACAAUAUCAAUUUUGAUACUAAGCAAGAUUUAUGACUGGAUUGCGAGAAGACUGACAGACUGGGAGAAUCACAGAACACAGACAUCUUUUGAUGAUGCCUUGAUUGUGAAGUUGUUCGCCUUUGAGUUUGCUAACAACUAUUCAUCCUGUUUUUAUAUAGCCUUUGUCAGAGGAAGAUUGGGAGAGGAAGGUAUCUUUGGUUUAGGAGAAAAAUACAUAGAUCAUUGCAAUCCUUAUGGAAACUGUAUGCCAGAACUUUCCUUUCAGAUUCUUUUUCUUAUAAGUUGCAAACCGUUGCCAAAAUUCUUCAAUGAUAUCGUUUUGCUGUGGUUUAAACGUUGUAUAAGCAAAAAAGUGCAAGAAAAAUUGCCUUAUGUCCAGACAGAGGCUCUUAAACCUUCACUUGGUGAUUUCACGAUGGAAGAACACACAGAGAAAAUUAUACAAUAUGGAUUUCUUAUGUUGUUUGCAGCCUCACUUCCGAUAGCACCACUAAUUGCUCUAAUCACAGUUCUUAUUGACAUCAGGUUAGAUGCAAAAAGGAUGCUUUGGUGGUACAGAAGACCUUUAGCAACGAUAGCACAAGAUAUAGGAAUAUGGUAUAUAAUUCUUCAGUUUGUAAACAUUUGUGGAGUGAUAUCUAAUGGUUUCCUUAUUGGGUUUACUUCAUCAUGGGGACAAUCCUAUGGUGUUUAUACAAGACUUUGGAUAGUUGUAGGAUUUGAGCAUAUAGUUUUUGCGCUGAAACUAAUUAUUGACUACCUCAUACCAGAUGUCCCAUCUGUUGUUCGAUUAAUGGCAACAAAGCAUAUGCAUGACAUGUCGAUUACACUUAUGAAAGACAGAGGAAAAUUGGAGAAUACAAACAAUGAAGAUUUUACAAGUGGUACAAAAUACUAUCAAUCAAAAGACAAUCCAUCUUUGAAGAUAUCAGCAAUUAACAGAAAGGAAGAGACCGAAAUGAAAAUUGUUGACGAAAAACGAGAUCUCAGAUUGUCGUCGACACAGAAGAGAACAUACAAAGCAUAUAAAGAAAAUAGAUAUCAGAGAGUAGAUACCAGUUCUACACACACAUCAAAGAAAAGGAAUAAGAAAAAGAAACAUCAACAUCCACAGCAAGAUAGAGUGGAUGAUAACAUUGAACAUCUAUCCCUUGUUCAAAAACUCUACCACCAAUCUGAUGCCCGAGACUACACCACUAGAGUUAAAGAUAGGCGAAUAUCUUUUAAAGUGAAAGGCCCGAGGAACUAUAUCAAUGCUGAAAGACCAAUAAUUACAACAAUAAAAAAACUUGGAGAUAGCAGACAUGGAUCAUCAAAUGCAGAUGAUUCCAAGGCUUAA